AUGGACGAGCUAGUGAAUGAAGUACCGAGGCUGGUUCAAAUCAGUAAGCACGUCUGUUCAUCAUUACAUUCUGUAGAUGGCAUUUUAGUAAAAUUAAUUGAAAAGCCGUACGUGCGAAUAUCGCAAUCGCCUCAAAAUGCCAUGGUGACCGAGGGUGACAGACUGCAUCUGCACUGCGAGGCGAACGGCAUACCUCCACCGCGCAUUUACUGGAUGAAAAACGGUGAGGUAGUGCGACAGGACAUUUCGCAAGACGAGCACAACACGGUCGACAUGAUGAUGAACGUUAACCGCAAGGCAGUGCAAAACGGAAAUACCGCUGGCGAGCUGGUCGUCGAUUGCGCUUCGGUGCAGGACCUUGGACAGUACCAAUGUUUCGCGACCAAUGGCCUAGAGGUCGUCAGCUCCAAAGCCACAGUGUUGGUGAGAAGCGCUGACGAGGAACAACCAGUGAAAAAAUGCAAAGUAUCCAAACCUCCUCAAAUAUUUAUGUGGUCCGACUUUCGGUUUGAAAUGAAUGGCAACGCCGUACAAUUGUUCUGUCGGACAACGGGUUUUUCAAAAAGUCAAGUCUUGUGGCUCGACCCGGAAGGUAACGAAAUCAGAACGAAUGAUCAAUAUGAAGUAUUAGCAAAUGGAGAUCUGAUUAUCAAACACGGAAAAUGGGAAUACGGUGGUUUAUAUACUUGUAAAGUAGAAAAUCGCUUCGGUUCUGACCAGAAACAAGUAUUCUACUAUCCAACAGCAGUAUAA